AAGGUUGAAGCGAAGUAACCUCAGUCGGCGCCUGGCGGAGUCGGCUUGCAAAGGGGCCGAUCGCCAGGGUUGAGAGCAACCACCCCGAAUUAUAACAACAUAAGUUUGGAGUGCCUGUGUACACAAUGUGUUGUUAGGCCCUUGUGCUCGAGUGGGACGGUGCUUUAGGACGCCUUUAGGACGCCUGCUGCACUUGCUUGACUGGCUCAAGGGUGCUGUAUGGAAGCCUGAUUAGCAACGGUGCCGAAGCAUGGAGGGCGAGGUCAGGUUGAGCUCAGAGGCGCCACAUUCAGCGUCUCUUACGGAGCCCCCCUCUCGGCCGGUUAUGCACACCGAGCACGAGCAGUAUGCUGAUGCACAGAGUGAGCGCCAGCCAGGGUGUGCAGUCGGGCUGAGCGACGAGGCUGGUGCACCUUCGGCAAGGUUGGCCGUGUCCGAAGCGGGAGCUGCUCGGGCUCAGCAGGACCCUGCAAAUGAUGCUUCGCAAGCAUCCCAUGAAGUUGGCUCAGCAGCAGGAGCCCCAAACCAGCUCUCGCCCGAGCUCGCGUCCAUUGCGCUCAGCCUCGAGUCUGUCUCGCUCCACGAGCACACCAGUCCCGAGCAUGAAGCAGGAACUGGUGCUGCUGGAGGAAGCUUGGAGCCGGGCGAUACUGGUGUGGAUGCCGGCGGUGGCGUGCGCGGGCCUGCCAGAAACCCGGGUGCGGCUUCGAGCGCGGGUCCGCCAACUGAAAAGGUUUGUGACCUGGUGGUGGACAUGGACGCGGCCGCGGCGGCUGUCAGCGCGGCCCUGACCGGCAUUCUGGGAGGCAACUCACGAAAGGGCUUUGGCAGUGACGGUGGCGUGAUGCGGCAUGGCGGCCCGGGCCCGCCGCCGCCGCCACCACCCCCGCCACCGCCACCGCGGCGCAGCAUGUCCAACGCACACGCGGGCACGCCGCUGGGUGCGUUCCUCGCGGAGGGCGGGCCGGCGGGCAUGUUGCCACAUGGACACUCCAUGUUGCUGAUGCCCAACCAGCCCCCGCCGCCGCCCCCGCCGGGGCACCCACACAUGGCCGGCGCGGCAGGCGCCGCGGCCGGCGCCCAGCUUGCUCCCGGGGGGCUCGGCCACGUGUCCGGUGCUUACGGCAUGCGGCCGCCCCAGUUCAUGCGGUCAGCCUCCGCCAACCUGCGCUACCGUAUCAACGUCACGGACUCGGCGCGCCGCAUGGGCGCGCCCAUCCCCGGCGUGAUGGAGGAGACGAUGGAUAUGGCGGCCGCCUAUGGCCAGCACGGCGUUGGCUUUGGCGGCGGCGGCGGCAUGGGCGGCGUAGGCAUGGGCGUGGGUGCACCCGGGGCCGGGGCGGGGCCCGGGCCGCGCUGGCGCGUGAGCAUUAGCGGUCCCUCACCCACCACCGACACCUACUACCCCUACGCCCUUAACACGCCCUACGGCGCGGCCGCGGCGGCGUUGGCGGCGCACCAGCAGCAGCAGCAACAGCAGCAACACUUCCACCAGCAACAGCAACAGCAACAGCAGCAGGCGCAUGGAAUGCUGGGCGCAGGUCACGUGUUGUCGGGGCCGGGCGGGCCCGGCGGAGGCCCCGGAGGCCCGCUUUCUGGCGCAGGCCCGUCCCGUCCGGUUCUGGGUGCAUCACAGUCAUUCAACCUGGAUCGCUCUCCGCGCUUUGGCGGGGCACCGGGGCCCGCGCAUUCUCAGUCCGUUGUUGCGGCGGCGGCGCAGCUGGGUGGCCUGGCGCCAGGGCCACUGCAGGGCAUCAACGUGGCGGCGGCAGCGCAGGCACACGCGCAGGCGCAAGCCCAGGUGCAAGCGGCGGCGGCGGCCGCCAUGGGGCGACAGUACCAGCAGGCGCAGGGCGCUGCGGCGGCCGCGGCGCAGCUGCUGGGCUUCCAGGCUGCAGCGGCGCAGGAGCUUGGGCGCGCGAUGCAGCAGGGCCAGCACCCGCAGCAGGAUCAGCAGCAUGCCGCGGCGGCAGCAGCGCAGUUCGCGGCGGCCGCUGCUUGGCAGGAGCAGCAGCAGCAGCAACACCAGCAGCAACAGCAGCUGCAGCACAUGCAACAGCAACAACAGUACCAGGCGCAUUUAUCCACUGCGGCAACACGCCUGGCGCAGCAUCGCCCUGGUGCAGAGCUGUCCACAGCUGGCACGGCUGGUCACGCGGCUGGCACCAACCCUGCAUCCACCGCCUCCACGCCCACCAAGGGCACCAGCCCUCACACGGCGAGUCCCUCCGGCCCGCACGACGAGCACGGCCUUCCCGAUCCGCACCGCCCGGAGCUCCACCACCACCACGUCCAAGGCCAGCCUCAGCAUCACCCACACAUGCCACCCGGCUCCCCAAGCGCCACCGUCGCCAGCGCCUCCGCCCUGCGCGCCGGCAGUGACGCGCUCCCUGCUGGCCCCGGUGCCGGCCCCGGCACGGGCGCGGCGGCGCUGCUGCAGCAGUACGAGGCGUCCUUCGCCGCGGCGGUGUCCGAGGCGCAGCGCGGCCGCGGCCCCGCCAGCCUGCAGCAGCUGCAGCAGGAGCACUCACUGCUGCUGACGCUGUCAGGCGUGAUGGCGGAGCUACUGCUGGGCGCUGGCGUCGGAGCCGCUACCGCCGCCGGCACCACUAGCGCCUCCGGCGACGCCGCCGCCGGCGCUGGGGGCUCCGCCGACGGCACGCCGGACAUGGCCGUGCUGCUGGCGGCGGCGCAGCUGCACGUCGCGGAGUGGGCGAGCCUGUCGGAGCCGCUGCGCUGCGGGCUGCUGGUGCUGGCGCGCGCCGCCGGCCUGAUGUACGGCCCGCCGGGCUCGGGCGGGCCCGAGCGCCAGGAGCGCUACGGCGCGCUGGCGCGACUGUUGCACACACUGGCGGCGGCGGACGAGGGCUUGCGCGCCGCCGUCGCCUCGGCGCUGCCGCUGCCGACGCCGCCGUCGCUUUCAUCGCCCCUGGCGGCGGCGACAGAGGCGCGGCUGGGGCUGGAUGCUGAGGUGGCGGCGCCGUCGAGCGCGGCUGACCAGGAGCUGGCGCAGCGGCUGGUUGCGGGGCUCUGCUCCGUUGCGGGGGCCGCCAGCUCCAGCCUAGCGCCGGGUGCCGUGCUUGCGCCGCCUUCGCACCAUCAGCACCAACAGCCGUCCGAGGCCGCGGCGAUCUCGGCCGUGGCAGCCGUUGCGGCGCGUGGCUCCAGCGCCGGCGGCAGCCUUCCCACCACCGCCGAGUCGGAGACGGUGUCCGGCCUCGGCGCCGCAGCGCACGCGCACCUGCACCACCAGCACCAACAUCACCAGCAACCGCUGCAGGGCGCGUCGGCGUCCGCGGACCUGCAAAGUCUGGAGGCGGCCAGUGCUGUCGAGCAGAUGCGCAUGUACACGCGCAGCCUUUCCGCGCCCAACCGGCAGGGCGCGCCCACCCUGGACCCGCAGUCAGGCCGCCUGCUGACCAGUCUGUUCUCGUCCUUCAACGCCCACCGCGCUGCCGCGGCGGCGGCCGCGGCCGGCGGUCUGCCCGCAACGGAGCCCGGCGCCGGCGUUGGACCUGAGUUUAACCCCUUUGCCCUGGUACACCUGUUUGGCGAUGACUCGGACCUGCUGGGCGCGGCUGCCGCCGCAGCAUUCAGCAGCCUCAGCGGCGGCGCCGGCGGCGAGCACGGCGCCGGCGGGCGCCGCCCGGACAGCGCCGCCAGCGGCUCCAUGCUUGCGUCGCUGCUGGAGUCGUUCACCGGCCGCAGCAGCAACACGCUGGCGCUGUCGUCCAUGGCCGACCGCACCGGCUCCAUGGACCUUGCCAGCUUCGGGCUGUUGCCCACGCCGCGCACGUCGCCCUCCAACCCGCUGGCGCUUCGCGCCGAGCUGGCGGCGGCCGCGGCCGCAGCGGCGGCUGGCGCCAGUGGUGCCGGCUUGUCUGCGUCCACGCCCGGCGCGAUGCUUGGCGGCGCUGCUGGCGGCGGUGGCGGUGGCGGUGGCUCAGGGCACCCGCAGCUCGGCCAUCUCUCAUCCAUGAAGCACCUACAGACGCACCACCAACACCAGCAGCAGCAGCAACAACAACAACAACAACAGCAGCAGCAGCAGCAGCAGCAGCAGCAGCAGCAGCAGCAGCAGCAGCAGCAACAACAACAACAGCAGCAGCAACAGCAGCACGCUUACGGCCAAACGCCGGGCAUGGGUGCUAUCCCAGGCAGCGCCCAGGGUUAUGGCACCUACCCCAGCAUGCAGGCACCGCAGGCGCAGCUCGCCUCCCUGGGCGGUAUGGCUACAGGGUGCACUGACUCCGGCGCCCUGGCUGGGCUCGGCGGCGGCGACCUGGACAUGAUGAUGCAAUGGGACCCCGACACGCUGCAGGCGGCGUUGCGCCUGCUGCAGUCCACGUCGGGCCCGCAGUUCAACGGCUGAAUGGGCCCCACCAUGCGGGCGGCCCUCGUACCUACGUGCACCGCGGCCAUGUAUCCAUGGACCGGCGGGGCCGACCUUUCUACAAAGCACAGCGGCGAGGCCAGCGCCGAGGCCGCCAAUGGACGCAUUGCUCGGCGCCGCGACCGAAACACCAAUAGCCGUGAUGCGGAAAUGGGUGCUGCGCCUUCGCUCGCCUGCUGCAGCCGGCGAGGCAUCGGCAAGUGCCGUGCACUAGUUGGUUUGAAUCUAUCAUCGCCGUGCACGUGUUGGUCUGGAUUGAUGCCGGCGCGGUUGCUACUGUUGGCGCCUUGUACAGAAUGCCUCGUGCGGAGGGUGGAGGUUUUCAACUUAGGUUCCUGCCGGUUCUUCUGUUACUCUCGGUCGUAGGAUGUAUUAGUCUCGCGCGAGGCACGCGAGUUCAGUUCGUGCAUUUAUAAGUUGCAAGGGCGACAGCGUUUGUUUGCAGUUGAGGCGCGUCGUGUCGUGUACAGCAAGAGAGGGCGAAACACAAUUGGCCAUACUGCUGCGUUGGCAAGAGAUAAGUGAUUGAUGGCACACAGGCUACAGCGGCAGGUUCGCCGCGAGCACCUAUCGGCGUGUUUGGUGGCAUGUUUGGGGGAUAUGCCAAGUCUCCAACGCUUUUGCACCCAGAGCUCAUCCUUAGAGGCCCGUGGGGGUGCAGACGCAACAGUUCAAGCAACCCAUUUAGCUUUUAGCUGCCCAAGCUUGAUGCGGGCUUCUAGUUGAGUAGAUCGAAAGAACUGCAAUGCUUCGCCUUAGGCCCCUAGCCUUCACAGUGCAUCUGCGCCUCUUCCAAAAGCAUCCACCAUAUACGCAUAUGCCAGUGACGCCACAAGCGGCACCUGUGCGCUAGAGAUGUGCCUUUCUUUCCUUUCCCUGCGACCUUGGGGUGCUGCUUCAGUGUGGGGCUAUUCAGUGUUGUUUGCUGUGGGGGAGUUAGUAUGUAUGCUCGCCGUGGUGGAUGCGGCAAUGGACGUGUCCAAUAAUGACGUUUCACUUGCCAGUAGCCACCGCGGUUCCGGCCGACAAUGAGGCCGUGGGCGGAUAUGAGAACUGGCGGCCAUGGAGUCAGGCGCUUUGAGGGGAGCCAUGCAUGCGCCGGCGCCCGACCCGGAUGAGCAUCCAGGGCUGAGUACGUAUUCUUGCUCGUUGCUGCGCCACGAUGUGUGGGUACUGCAUCGUGGGCUUGCAUGCCAUGCUACUACCGUACCGUACUGCAUUGCCGCUCCCAAUCCUGUGCACACUACCAUGCUGCCUGUACACGUUGCCGGUUGUGUAGCCAGGGCCUUGGCUGCAAGUGUCAUGCGCAUAGCUGCCUUUUUAGGGGUUGCUGAUGGUUUGCUGAUGGUUAUAGGCGUAGCCGCCGCACAGGGACGAUGUACAUACAAUUUUUGAACCCACGGAGGGAAUUUUCUUGCGUGACGCAACCCAAAAAAAUCCAGGUGGCGUGUGUCGAUGUUAGGCGAUCCAUGUAAAGAUGGAAUGCA